AUGGUGAGGCCCCUGCUCCCCUCCGCUUCCCCUCCUGCCCGCGCGCGGUUGCUCCCCAGAUCGGCGCGGGGCGUGCUGGUUCCGCUCCUGAUUUCAGGGCCUUUUGUUCUCGCGGGGCGGUUCCAGACUUGCAGUAGCACACUAGCACUGCCAUUGACCAGGAGUUGCGCAGCUAUGCUGGAAUCUCUAGUGGCAAAUGCAAGAUCGGGUGUCGCUGUGAAUGAUGAGUGCAUGCUGAAGUUCGGCGAGCUGCAGUCGAAGAGGCUGCACCGCUUCAUAACUUACAAGAUGGACGACAAGUUCAAGGAGAUAGUUGUGGACCAGGUUGGGGAUCGCGCUACCAGCUAUGAGGACUUCACAAACAGCCUCCCUGAGAAUGACUGCCGAUACGCAAUCUAUGAUUUUGACUUUGUGACUGCAGAGGAUGUCCAGAAGAGCAGGAUCUUCUAUAUCCUAUGGUCCCCAGACUCAGCCAAGGUGAAGAGCAAGAUGCUUUACGCUAGCUCUAACCAGAAGUUCAAGAGUGGGCUCAAUGGCAUUCAGGUGGAGCUCCAGGCUACAGAUGCAAGUGAAAUCAGCAUUGAUCAGAUCAAGGAUCGGGCACGCUAG